AUGUGGCCUCUAGUCUCUCUAAAUAAAAAUAAUUAUCAUACGAGCAACAAAUAUGAUAUACAUUUCAAUUCAUCUAAAGCACAACUUAUGUCUAUAUCUGGUUCGAAUAAUCAAGGAUCGAUAUUCAAUGAUGCUCAAGUUAAUAUAACAAAUGUUUUUGAUCAACCAAUUUUUCUAUCUUUAUAUUCACAUUCUAUGUUAAUCUAUAUUGUAUGCAUUACUGUCCUAUCGAUAAUAAUCAUGAUCCUGUUUUUAUUUUUCUAUCAUCGAUAUCAUCGACAAAAAUUCUAUUUCAAUAGUUUAAAGAAACAAUCCGAUCAUUCAUGUAAAUCAUCGAAUCAAGGAAAUGAUAUACAAAAUACAUUACAGACAUAUAUCAUAUACAAUGACCUAAAGGACCAUCAUCCAAAUAAUGAAAACAAAUCCUUGGACGAACAAGAUAAUCAGAAUUUAUUUACAACAACUGAAGUCAAUACAUUAGUAGAUAUUCAAUCUCAUCGAUUGUCGCGUGAUAUUGAAUUAAAUCAUGAUACUAGUUCUUCAUUUUAUCAAGAAAUAGUCGAUGCUAUGAUGCAAGUCAAUGACAGUGAAUGA